AGUUUGAAUCAUUCGUGUACGUUGUUGCAGACAUGGCCGAGAAAAGAUUGCGAAGAAGUUGGUAGAACUGAGAUAUGAAAUAGCACGAGACUGAAGGAAGCCUAUUAUGUUUUUCAAGUGUUUCUAAUGCAAAAUCGUUACGCUUAUGGUUCCGUCGCAUAAACCAGUCACAAUUAUUGUUAAGUUUGGACAGUAAUAUAAAGUUGCCGCUUCCAAGACAUGUUUGUCCGUUAGCGAACAGUAAACGCUGCGGUGUUGUGUGUUGACACUGCUGCCAAACGACCUCGUGAACAGUUUUAACGGACGCGGGCUAUCCUGCAGUAGAACUAACGGCGCCGUGUGUUAACACGUACAGGCUGGACAACUUCACGCAUCGGUCUGACGGCGAAUAAAUUAUCUCCGAUCACUUGCGUUCUCCGCAGUUGGCACACCUGCGCCUCACUACAUUGUCCCGAGAAGGCUUACAAGUAGUGGAUGUUGAGGCGAUGGGGGCGCACUCCUCGGCUCUCUCGGAGGAACUGCUGGACGAGUACUCUCAGCUCACCUACCUGCACCGGGUCGAGAUACUGCUGUGAGUCUGGCGACCCGCCCUACGUCAGUCACGUCCUUUGGAACUGUUCCAGUUCUUUCCCCGGCUGGACUCAGGCAGGCAGCGGUGGGAAACACGCCCUUACUGCUCGCCUCUCGCCAAUUGCCGCCAGGAUCUACAAGCGGUUCCGCAGCAUCGACCCAGAUGGCGUGCGGGCCAGCCUGCAGUACAGGAUCAACGCUGGCGACAUCUUGGCGGAGUUCCGCGAACUGAAGUGCAACCCGUACGCGGACCGCCUGGUGAGAGUGUUCUCGUCGCUGGGCGAUCACCACCUGUCCUUCGAGGACCUGCUGGACCUGUUCUCCGCGCUGUCCGAGCGCUGCCCCGCCGCCGUGAAGGCGCGCUGGCUCUUCAAGGUCCUCGACUUCGAUGAGGACAACCAGCUGGGGGAGCAGGACGUGAUGGCGAUGCUGGAGCGGCUGUGCGCGGACAAGGGGCGGAGCACCGGGGCGUGGUCCAGGCACUCGGAGGACCACAGGGGCCUCGCCGAGGACGACAAGAGGCACAUAGCCCAGAAGGUGAUCGCCGAGAUGGACCUGGGGCGCACGGGCAGCAUCACGGCCCACGAGCUGGUGCACGCAGUGCUCAAGAUGCCCGACUUCUCGCGCGCCUUCACCGUCAGGCCCUAGCCUCGCCUCCGGACACACAUCACCCCUCGCCUUCACGCGGCGUGUCCACGAGAGAGUGUCCCAGUUUCAAUGGCAUAUUGUAACGUGUAUCACUAAAGGAACAGGAAACCCUAACAAGACAGGAAAGAACGGAUGCGAGUGUGUCAGAAAAUUAGGUGCCCAGUAGUAUUCGUAAAUACAACAAUUUAUUAACAGGUAUAUUAUCACAAACGAAUGUCUCAUCUCAUUUUCGAACUGACAUUGAUCGUUAUGAAGCUGUACCAUUGCGUGGUGGGGUUGAACACUAGUUACAGGUCAGCUAUAACAAAACAUACAAAAAAUUAACAAUCUGAUAAGAAUAUAAUUGCAUCACCCUUAAUCAACUUGUGCUUGCCAAGGUUCAACCACUGAGCAUACACUGUCAAUCACAAAAGUGGUUUGUCAUAGAUUUACGAGGUGACAUUUACAAAAUUAUUAUAAACAUAUUGCAGCCCAGUACGUACACAAAAUACCUAAAAGAGGAUAUAAAAAUAUAUUUAUACAAUCAAUAACAAAUACUGGCUGUGGUUCAAAUUAAUUACUACCCUGGUAAGUACACAUUAAAAUUAACUAAUUUGGUAUCCAUUGAACUUGGCCAAAGUUUUAAUUAUGUCCACACAAUACCUCGCUGUCACCCAAGUCACACGUAAUCUAUGCGGUUAUUCUUAUGCCCCUCGUGCCAUGUGUUAAUACUGCAAACUGUCUUGUGACCACGGUGUUACGUUUGCCAGUGUUUGGUUAUGUACAGAGUUGGCAGUCGACGUCAGUAUUGGUAUUUACGUAUAGUGUUCUCUUAAUGUUUUCUCCAGCCCAACUCGCUCACCCUCACGGAAGUUGCCUUACACUCGCCUAUCAUGACUUCAUACUUAAGACUUGAUUUCAGUUUCCAACUGCUCUCAGAGUUUUAUGCUUGCAAAGCGACACUAUCUUCUUUAACUUGUCUCUAGCAACGUUUAUGACAUGAAAUAGUCUCACCAACAUGAAGUCCGUCGGGGUCUCUAUGCGGCGGCGAUCCCACGGUGUUUACAGCGUAGGGCGGCGAGCGGUGUCCGGGCAGCGCGGCAGCCUGCCUCGGUGAAGUCCCAGUUGAUCUGCUUCUGUUGACUCGAAGCAUUGCCCUUUUAUACUCGCAGAACUCCUUACCAGGCUAGAACAGAAUGGUCUCGUACGUUUGGGGGAGCGAUGGUCGACUUCCUUUUCCGGCGAAUCGGCGCGGAACCGAUGACGCCCGACCGCUUCCGAAAAAGCCCGACCACCAGCCGCAGCGUUCAAAGCCCUCGCGCUCUCUGUGUUGCGCGGGCGGCAUCCACAGACUGUUAGGGGCACUGUCGAUUCUGAGUGUGUACAGGUUAAUUUAGACUAUCAUACAUCAAAUUGCAGGUAAACUAACCUAGUUUCUCUUACAAAUGUUCAAUGAGUGUACCUCAAGUUAUACGGCACACAUCCAACCUAAAGUCAAAUUCUUCUCACACUUUGGUUAACACGUCCGGAGUAAUGGAAGCAAUAGCCUCUUCAAUUAUGUGUCUCCAACUCUGGCAGAUCAUUAGGUAGUGGCGGAACGUGGCCACGAUAUUUUAUAAAGUCUCAAAAGAAGAAACAAAUCCCACGGCGUUAUGUCAGGUGAACGUGGAGGCCAGCGAAAAAGAGCUCUUGUCGUCUCGACCAUUACGACCAAUCCAACGGUCAGGGACUUGGAUGUUCAACCACUCUUGUACAAAGAGAUUGCAAUAAGGAGGGGCAUUCUGUUGCCAAAUAAAGUUUUCAGUUUCACCCUCUACUAAUUGGGGAAAGAGAUAUUCUUCAUCGCGCUGCAAGCGAGAAAAACAACAAAACAGUAUUCUCGCAUGUGCUUAUCUAAAACUGUUAGAGCUAUUCUUUGUGACCUUGAACCAACACUCUUCAACGUUACAGGUGAAAUUAUUAGAUUUUAUAACUGGUACAUUCUUUUAUGGACGCAAUAUAUAUAUAUAUUUUUUGUUAUACAUUUGUAACCACUAUCUAGUGUAAUUUUGUAUGAAUUUGUUUAAGGUUUGAAUUUAUUCUUGUGCUCAACUGUUUAUUGUUGUUGUUUAUUGUGUACGAACGCCUGUGUAUAUUGUUAUUUCACGGGUUUCUUCACUGAACUGUAGUUAAUUAAAGUUAGGGGCAGGAAAUUUUCGCGAAAAAAUCAGAACGCCUACUAGACUGCAACGAUUUCUUACUUGUGAUUGGCGGCCGUCUGCGAGAGAAGUCGUUGCCUUGUUUGCACGAGCCACUGAGGAAGAGUUUGCUUCCGCACUGAAUUAGUGUGAUUGGUUGUUGUAACAAUCGACAUGCACCUCAAAGUAACUCACCCAAUCACGAAACACAGACGAUGCUACAGUGUUUUAACUUCCAGCUACUCUCGGGAUAUUUUCGCGAAAUUUUCAUGGCCCUAAUUAAAGUUAGUUGUAACGUGUCCUUUAGCACUGGUGUCGCACGAGGUGUUACGCUUUGUACGUACUGUUACGUCCAAGCUCAUACUUUGUCCGCACCUGUAACCAUGCCUUAAGUGUUUGAAUGUGUCGCAUUACAUCAGUAACGCACGAAUUAUUGGAAAUGUUCACGUGUACAGCUGUGUAAGAAAGAUGUCGUUAAUUUUUUUUUUUCAAUUUCUAGUCAUAUGUUUAUUCUACAAUUUUAACGUUUAUUGUACGUUCAGCUAUACGAAUAAAAAAAUUGUAUCUGC